UGCCCGCCGCCCCGGCCCGUCCCUCUGCCGAGCCGGAGCCGGAGCCGGAGCGUCCUCCCGGGCGGCGCCCCCGGAGCCCCCCGCGCCCCCCGCGCCCCGCGCCGCGCCCAUGACCCCCUCAGCGGGGCACUGACCGCGCCCGGCCCCGCACGGCCCCCUGUGUCCCCGGCGUGUCCCCUGACGGGAUGGAGAGCUCCUCGGUGGCGUCGGCCUCCUCGGAGGCGGGGAGCAGCCGCUCCCAGGAGAUCGAGGAGCUGGAGCGCUUCAUCGACAGCUACGUCCUGGAGUACCAGGUCCAGGGGCUGCUCAGCGACAAGACCGAGGGCGACGGCGAGAGCGAGAAGACGCAGUCCCACGUCUCACAGUGGACGGCGGAUUGCAGCGAGCAGCUUGAUGGCAGCUGUUCCCCAUCCCGAGGGAAGGGCUCGUCCUCUCACGAACACAACCAGGAAGAGUGGGAUCACAGCAGCAGUGGGAGCACAGGAUCCCGGCCGGGGUCGAGCUCCAGGCAGGGCUCUGGAUCCAGGUCUGGCAGCCACAGGAGAAGCAGCCAGUUCAGGCAAUCAGCCAAGAAUGGCAACAAGGAGAGCAACCUUGACAUGCUGGGUACAGACAUCUGGGCUGCCAACACCUUUGACUCCUUCAGUGGUGCAACGUGGGACUUGCAGCCUGAAAAACUAGAUUUCACCCAGUUUCACAGAAAGCUGCGAAACACCUCCAAACACCCAUUGCCUCACAUAGACAGAGAAGGGCUUGGAAAGGGGAAAUACGAGGAUGGCGACAGCAUCAACCUGAACGACAUAGAGAAAGUCCUUCCAGUGUGGCAGGGUUACCAUCCAUUGCCUCAUGAAGCUGAAAUCGCACACACCAAAAAACUGUUCAGAAGGAGGAGAAACGACCGGAGGCGACAGCAGAGACUUCCCAGCGGGAACAAGUCUCAGCAGCACACGGAUCACCAGCAGGGUGGCACCAAGCAUAACAGGGACCACCAGAAGCUCUACCAAGGAGGCCAGGCCCCUCACUCCUCGGGCAGGACGGGCCACCACGGCUACAGCCAGAACCGGAGAUGGCACCACAACCAGAAGCACUCGCCCAACGACAAAGAAACGCACAGAAACGCCAAAGAGACUGAGAACCUGAAAAUCGAGGAGAGCUCCGCGGGCACGGCGCUCACCCCCGCGGAGGCGCCGCGGGGCCCCGAGGCCAGGGAGAAGCAUUCCCAGCCCAGCGCCCCCGAGCCCGAGACCAAGAGGAGAGACAGCGUCCCCGAGCGCGCCGGGGACAGGCCCAAGAUCAAUCUGCUUCAGUCGUCUAAAGACAGGCUGAGGAGGAGGCUAAAAGAAAAGACGCCUUGUCUUUCCCUUUUCACGGACCAGGACGAAGUCACGGUGGAAACCACCGACUCUGAAAAGAAUAAAAUGGACAAACUAAUUGAAAUUCUCAACAGCAUGAGAAACAACAGCAGUGACGUUGACUCCAAGCUCACCACAUUCAUGGAGGAGGCCCAGAACUCCACCAACUCUGAGGAGAUGCUGGGGGAGAUAGUCAAGACUAUCUACCAGAAAGCGGUGACGGACCGCAGCUUUGCUUCCACAGCAGCCAAGCUCUGUGACAAAAUGGCCCUUUUCAUGGUGGAAGGAACCAAAUUCCGGAGUCUGCUCCUCAACAUGUUGCAGAAGGAUUUCUCCAUGCGGGAGGAGCUGCAGCAGCGGGACGUGGAGCGCUGGCUGGGGUUCAUCACCUUCCUCUGCGAGGUCUUCGGCACCAUGAGGAGCAGCACCGGGGAGCCCUUCCGAGUCCUCGUCUGCCCCAUCUACACCUGCCUCAGGGAGUUGUUGCAAUCUCAGGAUGUGAAGGAAGAUGCUGUGCUUUGCUGCUCCAUGGAGCUGCAGAGCACCGGCCGGCUGCUGGAGGAGCAGCUGCCUGAGAUGAUGACAGAGCUGCUGGCAAUAGCACGUGACAAGAUGCUGUGUCCCUCCGAGUCCAUGCUGACCAGGUCCCUGCUGCUGGAGGUCAUCGAGCUGCACGCCAACAACUGGAACCCCCUGACGCCCACCAUCACGCAGUACUACAACAAGACCAUCCAAAAACUGACGGCUUGAGGGGCAGGGCAAGGUGGGGGUGGUAAGGGACGAGAAGAAGACACGCGCCUUGGAGGGACCCGGCAAGAGCUUUUCUGAUUUAAAUCCCCCAGCAGACCAAACCCCAGCAUGCUCGAGAAUACGUUCGUGGGGUGGGGAGGGAGCAGCAUGUUUCUUUUUCAGCCGCGUCGCCAAGUGCCACCCCUCCUCCCUGCCGUGGUUUUGUUUUAGGGGUUUCUUUUUCUGAACUCAUUGCUCAAGCAGCAGCAGCGCAUCCCGCCGGGUUAUUGUUUGGCUUUCGAAAGAAGACAGAGAAUUUGGAAAAGGAGGGGGAAAAAAAAAUAAUCUAAGUGGGGGCUAGUAUUGUUUUCACGCCGUCCUCCUGCCUUGCCCUGGCCAACUGGCAGGAGACAGCACGCAGCAGAUGUCUCGGGAGGACAAAGCCAGGCACACACUACACCAGACGCUCAUAAUUGAUGGCUUUUGUCAAGCGGGGCUUGCGUUAGGUCCCCCCCCUCCUUCUCUUGUUUUCGACUUUCUGUGUGUUCCCCCACCUACCCGCCACCCCUUCAGAGGCAGAUUGGAGAGCGGGACGACUUUCUUAUUUGCACUGGGUAUACUUUCCUCGGGCGUUCGUGGUUUCUUCUUCUCUUAUUGUGUUGUUGGACGGACAGUUGUGAGCAGCUCGGGGACGGGGAGAGCAGCGCCUUGCCCCGAGCUGGACAGCGGUUUAUGUGAAGAUGCUGAAGCAGAAGGAGUGUUUUAAAGGAGUCCUAAAGCCACUGCAGAAGUUACAUAGCCACCGUCAUCUUGCCAGUAACCUCCUCGGUGGAUUGAGAAGCGUGUCCUUUGAGCUGGGGGCUCUAAAAACAGGGGAUUCUGUGGCUCUUGCUGUUCAAGUCGCCGUUAUUCCUCAGCCACUAUAAUCAUUUAACUUUUUUUUGUAAUAAUUUUUUUUUUUCCAUUGAAGGAGUGCUUUAUUGUUAUUACUGUCAUGGUUGUAAUUAUACAUUUAAAUCCAGGCCUGUUAUAGUUGGGCCUAAUAAUGUACAGGGCAAGGGAGAAAUGAAGGUUUGAUGUUUUUUGGAGACUGGUAAAGAGAAGACAAGCAGCAUAUAGUGAAAAUGAAAAGGAAAAAAAGAAGAGGGAAAAAUAGAAAAAGCCAAAAAUAGAAGUUUGAGCCUGGCUUCUAACUAGCUGAGUAUGCUAUCCAGCUUUCCUAGGUGUGUGCAGUGUGCAGGAGCAGCUCUGUCCCAUGCUCAGUGUAAGUGGCACAGUGCCAUCAAGGGAUGGGGGACAUCUUCAGAGGGGCAGGGUGUGCUCGGGGAUCCCCAGGGGGCUCCAGGAUCCCCUCAUGGCUCCAUGCUGGAGCAUCCCAAGGGAGAGGACAGCUGUGGGGGCACUGGGGAGGUGCCACCCGGAGGGUGAGAGGAUGGUCUGGGGCAACACCUGAAUCAUGAAGAAGACAUGGUGGGCUCCUGUGUGCUGAUCUGGCAACACUUUGACUUAGGAAAUCCCUCCAGGUGAUUUUCCUAGUGAAACCUAGCAAGGGUGCAGGCUGCCCCAUCCUGCCUGCAGGAGCCAAGGAAGGCAUGAUGGCAUCAGCCCAUGAUGGUUUCUUCUCACUGUUCAAUUUAUUCCUUCUAUGAUAAGAGAAUUUAUGCCACAAGGGUGGCACACACGGAGACAGGCUGGGCCUGAGCUCAGCAGCUCAAACCUGUUUUUCCAAGCAAAACGUUGGAUUUCUGGUGGCUUGUAGAGAAGAGAGAUUUCACCCCGGCCUCCUUGGAUGUGCAGUAUGUUCUUGGGUGCCUUAUGAAUGUGUUGGUCUGUCUGUGAUGGGGAGGAAGCUCUUGCUGCAAAAUUUAAAGGGGAGAAAUUUCCAGCAGAAAAUGGAUUGCAAGCGGGUGAGAGUUUGAUGCUGCAGUUCAAUAUUACCUGAAUUUUCGUCUGGUUGUCUGCUGAUCCAGUUUCAUUCUGCACUUGGAACAAGAGGAGCUGCAAACAGGAGCUUCAGUUUUCCUGUCUACCUAGAAAGCAGCAAAAUGAUUGCUGAGUUCACUAGAAUUGUCUGGAAAAACUAAUUUUUGCUUCACUUACUCGAGCCCAGGAGCUUCGCACAGUGACGGCGCCUUGCGUUGGGUCAGCUUCAUUAGUAGCAAUGUGGUUUGGUAGUAUUAAUGAGCAGAUGAACUUCAUUAGGACGGCAAAGCCCAUCAGUAUUACAAGGCUCAGGGCUGUGCCCAUUGCUCUUUUGUUUUUUCUGCUCCCUGAACUCUCAAGGAGUGGAGGAGAAGGGGAUAUAACACCCAUCACAGUGCACUCAGGCAGAGUGUCAGUCUUCUGGGAGAAGGCCUGAAAAACAGUUUUGUCUCGUUUUGGUUUUUUUUCUUUUUUUUUUUUUUUUUUUUAAGAACAGCAAAGUCCUAUAGCAGGGACAGCAACCUGAUAGGUUGGGGUGCCAGGGAUCCUGCCAGCAGUGAUCCAGGCUGCCACUCUGGCCCCUGCAACUUCUUACUUCCCACAGAAUUUUUUCUUGGGAUGUAGUGAAAGAAGAAAAAAGAAAAUAAAAACACAGAUAAUUGGGGAUUUUUUUUCUAAUAACUUGAAUUUUCACCCAUCAGUGCAUCAGGAGGCUUUCAAAGUGUAAGCCACAGGGCAGUAUUUCUCCUAAAGCAUUUUCCCUACCCCUACCUGCUGUGAGAGCUUAUUCUAUUUUCUCAUUGUGGGGCAAUCCUGCAUCCCCCACUGACCAAGCUUGGCCCAUGACUUUCCCAUCCAACACUGGAAUGAAGAACUUUCAUGUGAAAUCCGUCGGUUUUUAGUGUCUUGCCAUUUAUCUCUGCUAUUAGCAUACAUUCAUCCAGCCAUUAACUGCUUUGAUACAUCAGUCACUGUUGAUGUCUGAGAAUCAAAAUGUUGACCAAAAACGGGGGUUUGUCCCCAGAAAUUACAUGCUGCCAGUGGUAUCUUUCUGCAGUCCAUCAGCAGGAAGCCGGCAGACACAUGACAUCAUUCACCAGGAAAAGAGGGAAAAGAGGUACCAUGAGGACAUUUGAUGGGCAGGAUGGGGAACAGCGCUGGGGAAUUUUUGGGGGUGAGAGCAUCUGGGGAUCCUGGAGUGUUUUCUUCUCUCUCUUUUAUUUUUUUUUUUAAUCUUUUGGCUUACUUUACAGACAGUCGCCAAAGAGCGUAAUUCUCCAACACGUAUUUUUGGAUGCAAAGCCAACGGCUACAUCUUCCCUAAAUCAGCCAGAUUCCAUCUUUGCUGCUCAAUAAAAGUAUUUGUGUGGGGGUUUUACUGCGUUGUCCCCAUACAGUUACAUCAGCAAAGGGGGAAAGCAAACCCCUCGGGCCAAAUGUGUGUGGGGCCAAACCUCAGGGUGGUGUGGAGGCGAGUAGCUGCAGCAUCACCUCUGUGCCCGUCUCCCUGGGAUGCAGACCAGGUUUCCUGGCACCCUGCCAGGCUCCCCAGAUUAUUAUUCACCUCCUUCCUGGUAAAAACCUUUCCAAACUGACGAGUUUUGCUGCACAGAAAGUGACUUGCUUGGUUUCCCCAUGAGGGAUUCCACUGCUGUUCGGAGAAGUCUCGUGUAUAUGGAGGUGAAACAAAAAUGGGGAGGAAAAAAAAAGGAAAAGUAAGUGAUUUGCUUGGUUCCCCUAUUCCCCUGAAGGAGAUUAAUGAGUAUCUAUUCUUGGCAUGAUUGAUGGCUUUGAAAGAAAACUUGUCAGAAUAACUUAUGAUUUAUUUUCGUGCUUAUUUUUAUAACACCCUCACUUGGAAAUCUCUCAAAAUCUUAAAUAUGAUUUUUUUUUUUUUAAUUUCCCUGCUGGGUAUUUUAUGGCUUUACACUAAUUUUGCUCUUCUUGGUGAUAGCUAUUAAGCAGUCCUGGUGAUAUUUUCAGUAUUUUUUCAGAAGAAAUUAUACUAAGGGUUGCUAAGUCCACUGUCAAUAGCCAAGGGAGCUGUGGUGUCUUGCAGAACACGGAGUUAACGCUAGCAAUUUCUUUUUAUGUAUUUAUUUGCAUUUGAAAAAGCAACAUUUUUAAUUUAAUCAUAUUUGUUAAACUAAGCGCUUUAAAAAAUUUUAAAAAUAUUAAAAAAAAAGGAAAAAGGUUUUGGGGAGAGUAAAGACUAGAUAUUCAUACUUAGAGAAGUCACAAACUCAUCGUUUUCAGCAUUUCAGAGACUGUUAAAACAAGGGAGCUCAUAACUCUUUGUGGCAAUUCAGUCUUUGUUUAUAGAACAUCCAGACCCACUGUAUGCUAUAAAAUGCAUCAUCUGAGUAAUAAAUGUUUAAAGCUUGA